AUGCUGCUAGGUCUAGACCAUGAGCUGAACCCGCGGCCACGGCGAGCUCUCAAGCCGAAUUUUACGAGACAUCCAAUAGAAAGAGCUCGGCAGCACGAUGACCAUGGUCUUGCACGAAAAUACAUAAUUCCGUCGUGGUACACUCUUAAGCCAGAAGACCUGUGGAAUAUUAAUAUUCCACAGUUACUAAAAGAAACCUCCUAUACUCUAGCAGCCCACAAUGACAAGAAACUCCAAGAGGCAGUAGAAGUACAGUUCGCCCAUUUCAUAUAUUCGUCGAAUAUGAUCGAGGGCGACGGCCUUGAUAUCACAGAAACGACAAAGAUUGUUAGAAGUUUGAUUGCAGGCUCUAAAGUCGAGCUUCUGCCAGACUUACAGUCCAUUCACGAUACUGAGUCUCUGAACCGGGCUAUUGUAUCAAGGAGAGCGGUCAUUCAACAUGUUGGGGCUUUCAUAUAUCUUAAAGAGCAACUAUUUGAAUGCAAAAGCCUUUCCAAACGAGACCUCAGAGUGUGCCACGGAAUCCAAACAGACAACAUCCCUUCAAGUGUAGGCGUCAAAGGCUACCAGGGGAGGUAA